AAAUAAUAACGAGCCAGUUUUGAACAGCUCUUUCAAAGGGACGACUCCUAGUCCCGAGUGAAGGCCCUUUAAAAAACGAACUAUCGCGACACUUGGAACGAUAACACGGCAGCUUGGUAGUUCUGGGAUUUGUAGUUCUUAUCAUUGUACUCGCAGUUCUGAGAUAAACGCAGCAACAAGCGACCCGCUUUACGACAACCUCAUCGCCCCAGUCACUUCUUAAAUUAUUAGACUCGUGGCAGUGCCGCUAAAAAGUUAUUUUUUAGCUCACAAGUCACGCUUUGACACGGAAUAUUGUCAACAAAGCACUCUCCAGUUUGUGCCUGUUCACCAAUGCCAGAUACACAUCUGCAGUUGUCCUGGGACGCUCCCGCUUUCACAUCUUGGCCUCGGCAGAAUCGGGUUACGCCCGUCCGUCAGAUGGCGUUCUGCCUGGCUGAGCUGCACUUGUGGUCCACCAAGAGCUCACUCCACGUCAAAGAUACAGAUAUUGGCACGUAUCAGUACUACGAUAAAGGAGAGCCAGCCAAUCUGGAGCAUCACUAUUACAAUGAGAAACUGCAGUUCAGUGAAGCUCGAGGCUACUCGUGGACCCCCGCGAAUCGCCGACCGGAGAGGCUACGUGAUUCGCUGAAGGAGUUUGAGGAACUAUUGCAGACUAACACCUGCGUUCACACCAGAUGGAGGAGCAAGCAUUGCUGCCAGCUCAUACUGGGCAAUGGUAUACUGGUAACCUUGACCCUCAGCGGGCCCCAACUUGAGCAAGUGUGCAUCGACCGAGCGCUAGUGGGCCGACUGCCAGGCGACACCGUGACCGAUGCGGUGCUGAGCGACAGGCUGAUUCUGCUGUCCUUCCUGAAGCACAACCAAGUGGCUGCGGUCUUCCUCAACAGAAAGAACCAGGACUCCCAGGAGGCUGGCAGGGACACAGACAAACUCUCAGCCUCUGAAAUCAAGGUGAAAUGCGUGGAACUGUCAGGGUGGGCACCUGGCCUCCACCAUGGCGUGGCCCUCAACCGCCUGCACGAUGUGGGGCUCUGCUGGUCAAGGUGCAGCGAGCAAGAUGAGGAGCCGUGGCCCUGGACGCCUGCAGACGUGCACAGGAACAACCUGGUCCUCUUGAGCUGCUCGCCCGCUGACGGUCUACAGCUCCUCAGCUCUUCCCAGACAGAAGGCGACCUCCUAGACUGCAGCUUCAGUCAGCUGCAGCCCCACCAGCUGCUGACCGUAGAGGCACCUGCUGGACCCCAAGCAUCCAGGGAGGGGUCCUGGGCUAAGUCCUGUGUGUUUGAAUGUCUGCGAGCACGACUGCACCGCCUGUCUGUCAGCCGCAUCUCCCUGCCUUCCCAUCCCAUCUCCUGCUCACGUCACCCCGACGAAAGCACACUCCUCCUGGGCCUCGCCGAUUCCUCCCUGGUCCUCUACGAGCAAAGGCGAGGGGUCUUGCUUUCGUUCCCCGGCCCCGCUCCGCUCUCCCUCCUCGCCUGGCAUCCCGCUGGAGCUGUGGCCGUGGCGGCGGCGGCGCAAGGCGAGCUCAUGUGCUUUGAUGUGGGCCUGGCACCCCUCAGAAUAGCGCUGGUGGCAGAAGACGUGGCUCCGGCACCCACGCUACAACUGGCCCGACACCUGCGCUGCCCUGGGGGUCUGCAGAGGCUACAGUGGGCAACAGGUGGCGCCGAGGGAGCCGAUACGCUCAUGCUGGCCUUUCACGGAGGACCAUUAGCGGCCUUAAGAUUCCGACUGGGGGCCCUGACGGGGGGCCAGAUGGGCCCAGGGGUGCUUCUCCAGCAUCGGCUGUGUUGUGGCCAGGUCCGGGAAGCCCUCGGCAUCCUGGGGGCCAUGGACUGGAGCAUCAUGGGAGACGAGUGCUUCCGAAGCCUGAGCUCCAUCACCAACCACUUGCUGAGGCUCCCGCUGGACACACAGACUGAAGCACAACUCGAAGCUGCAUUUGGAGUAUUUUAUGCCCCAUCUGCGCCUCUGCCUGGUAACGUGACAUCCGACUACGAGAAGCUAAUCAGCCGCUACGCACGCCGCUUUUUCCACCACCUUCUCAGACAUCAGCGCUUUGAGAAGGCCUUCCUCCUUGCUGUAGAUUUACAGGCCAAAGAUCUUUUUAUGGACCUCCAUUAUGUUGCCCGUGAUAAGGGUGAGAUGGUGCUAGCCGAGGUGACCAAGAGGAAGGCCGGGGAAAUGGAGGCAAGGACCUUCGGAAGCGACGAGUCUGUGAGAGAAAGAAAUGGUGUGUUUGCUUCCAGCUUUGGCAACAAGGUCCAAAGUGCAACAGCAACAGGAUCUUCAUACCCCACCAAAACACUGGCCGACGGACGAGCCAACCGGGCGGGAGCUCAGGCGCGGCGCGCACACGUGACCGUGAACCCAGACGUCCUGAGGACACUGAUACGAGCCGGAAGCAAAGAGGAUGACAGAGAUGAUGGCAGUGAGGAUGACGGCCUUGCGAUGCUUCGACUGCUUCAUCUUGGAACCGUUGGAUGACAACAACAAGCACACCUAAGAGUCAUUAAUCAUCGUUGCUAUGGAUAAAAGUGGGCUUCCGAAGUUCAACAAGCUUCCAAAGAAGGAAAGAAAACUGAUGACGACGCAGCAUCAGGACCAAUUCCAAGGUGGCCAGUUGGUGAAGUUUGCUCCUUAGUAAUGGAGUGCAGCUUCAUCUCCAAGAGUUCACAGGUCACUGGACGAGGCACAGCCACACCUAACUCAUCCAGCCAUAUACGGUAGGCGCUGGGGCACAAGUCACUUCAUCUCAGAGACGGAAACCACAGCUUUUACCUUUCAAAGGUCCCAUCCUAAAAAAAAAACAUUUGAUAUAUUUCCAUCCCUGACAGUGAAUGUUCCUCAAGGUGUGUGUGUGUUUGCGUGUGUGUGUGUCGAGCGAGAUUACGGGCCACAGUUUUAUUCAUGAAUAGGAGCCAAGCAGCGACUUUAAAGCGUGGCGCCGAGCCCCUUUCCUGAACAGCCGCCAUGCUCGUGUCAGAGCUGUCGACGCGGCGCGCUCAGCGGCUAAUCUGACAGCGCCGUGCGAGCCCUAAUCCCUCACUGUAUCCUAAUCUAUUUACUUUGCAUUCUAAGAGGAUUUCCAUCCCAAAAAAUAUACAAGAAGUGAUGUUGGAAAUGGACAGAAGAUCAGCGCGGAUGCUUUUCUGCUCUUUUUUACCCCCCUUGUUUGUUUUGUUAGCUUUCAGGAAAAGAAAAAAUCAUUGUAUGUUUUCGGGGAGUCAAUCCCCUGCGAGAGGGACGUCUGAAAGGAAUUACAUUUGUGACUGAUACUAAUACUUCUCUUAUGUAAACAUCCAAAUGUGAUAUUUGGCUUGCCGCGGUGCCGUCACGCCGCUCGCUGCUGCUGCUGCUGCCUUCAUUCACUGCGCUAAUUCACUGAGCAUCUCCUCAUUGUUGGACCUGACAGCUGCAACAUUGCUGAACAGCGGAGGACCAGCUCCUCUCUCGCUCUCGCACGUCAGCAGCAGCACGCCAACAAAGGCCCACACUGUGGACUUCACGACGUGCAAACACACAACAAGGCCAAGUGCUCUCCGCAGCGCCCCUUGAAGCAGUUUGAAGUCAUAAAUAGUAAUGACUGUCAGCCUAUUAGUAGUGAAAUUAGGCACUGGCCUCGUUCAUCUUUGGAAAUGAAGGCAGCCUGCAGCACUUUUUUUUAUUUAUUUUUUUACAUGGACAACCUGUCUGUGGACCCACUUUUUAGUCCCUGGCCACCUCUGCAAAAAAAAUUACCCUCUCAUGUCGACUUCAACAUUAGCGCUGGGCCUCAUGGCUAAAACCCGUAUCACGAUAUAUCAGUCGAUGUUGAUCAUUAUUUUUGAUAGGUCAUAAAAAUAUCAAUAAGAACCAAGAGAAAAAUAUGUUAAAUGUAGAGAUGUCCGAUAAUGGCUUUUUUGCCGAUAUUCCGAUAUUGUCCAACUCUUAAUUACCGAUUCCGAUAUCAACCGAUACCGAUAUAUACAGUCGUGGAAUUAACACAUUAUUAUGCCUAAUUUUGUUGUGAUGCCCCGCUGGAUGCAUUAAACAAUGUAACAAGGUUUUCCUAAAUAAAUCAACUCAAGUUAUGGAAACAAAUGCCAACAUGGCACUGCCAUAUUUAUUAUUGAAGUCACAAAGUGCAUUAUU